CUUUAACCACUGAUAAGGAGCACUCAUAGUUGAAAUCAAAUCGUAAAAAUGUCUACUGAAACAAAGAAAUAAGUUCACAGCCUCUUAAUCAGUCACGCACUUGUGUGUGCCUUGACUCUUGUUUUUGGAAUGCAAUCCCCCAUUCAAUAUUUGCUCUACUCCCAAUUAAGCAAUGGAUUACCAGUUAGAAAAUUAUUAGUGGAAGUUUAAGUUAUUUACAUCGCAAACGAUUUUAUGCUCGCAAAUUUUUAUCGUCUUUUACAGAUUUGUUCGCAUUUGUGAAUGGAUUACUGAUUUUAUUCUGCGAUUUUCUAGCUUCAUUCAAUGUUCCAUAAGGGUACUUCUGUGGAAUAGAUUCGUUUUGUUUCUUUGAUAAGAGAACUGGCAUCAUAGCUAUGAAAUAUUUUGAUGUUUCACCCAAAUACUACAAAAGUGCAAUUGGGUUUGAAGAAAAAUGGCGGAUCGCCAUGUUACGAUACCACUAAUGGUUAGGCCUGAAAAUAUCCAGUUUGUGGAGGAUGAUUUGGAAACAAUAUCAGACAAUGAACCAUCAACUGAUAUAUCAAAUAACCCAUCCGGAGCAACGGACACUCACAUUUAUAACGAAAUCUCAUGUAGCAAAAAUUCAAGAGUUGAUUACUUGGAAAUUCCAAAAAUAUCUCGUUCACGAUCAACAGAAUCAUCAGCAGGAGAAUCAUCUGGAGGAGGCAGUCCCAUGUUGGAAAGAAAAAACAGCAAUAGGAGGAAGAUAAACCAUGAUUAUGAAAAAUUAUCUAUGACAUCUAAUGCUUCGAAGAAGAGCCACCCCAUUCAAAGGAAAGAAAGCAAGAUAUUUAGACGAAUAACAAACGCUGGGUUCGAGAAAAGAGAAUCUAAAAGUGAAGAUGAAGAAAAUGUCUUAGAAGUA